AUGAAAGGUUAUGAGAUUCUUGGUUUCUUAGGAAUUCUAAGGGAGUGCAUAAAGGUUAUAUCCAAAAAUGGGAAGCUCAUAGCCAUCAUAACCACAAUCUCCAUCCUCCUAAACUCCCUCCUCUUGGUCACCAUGUCCUCCUCCACCCAGCCCGCAAUCAGCGACUUAUUCACCCAAGAAACCCUUCGCCCUCUUUUGAACCCCAAUACGACAUAUAUCACGUUCGAACGUAUCAAGAAAGAUGUUCAAAUCAUCAUCGGAUUUGAAUUCCUAUAUUUUCUUCCUUCCUUGGCUAUCUCCCUCUUUUCCUUUGUCACAAUGGUUCUGGCAUCGGUCGUAGCUUACAGCGAUAGGAACCUGUCUUUUGCGGAUUUUCUUUGGAGAAUCCCAAAGUUGUGUCUUAGAAAUUUAGUUACUUCGUUCCACUGUACACUUCUCGGGACAGGUUACUUUGGCCUUUUCUUAAUUUUGUUGAUUUCUCUAGUGAUUCUAUGUUUCGAUCACCCUCUUGUCGGAAUACCCAUCGUCAUCACACUUGGCUUUCUCGCCUUAAUCUUCUUCACGUACUUAGCUGUCGUCUGGGACAUGGCCUCGGUGAUUUCAGUGAUCGAGAAGAGCUGUUAUGGAAUUCAGGCAUUUGGAAAAGCUGAAGGGCUUGUUAAGGGGAAUAGACUACAUGGGUUUACACUAAGUCUUCUCUGUACAAUAGUAAUGGUGAUUAUUAGUAACAUUUUUAAGGUUAGACCAAAUCAACAAUCCGUAUCGAUGCAGAUCAUUUGUGGAUUUUUCGCAACAGCUUUCAAUUGCCUGGUGGAAAUGGUUUAUGUCUUGAGCUACACAGUUUUGUAUUUCCAGUGCAAGGAAUUACAUGGUGAAGAGGUUGAAUUGGAAGAAAGCUUUGAGUAUAGUAAAAUCCCCGAUAAAGAAGCAGCACAAGGGCAAGUUCGUGUGUGA